AAAGCAACCAAACUUCUUCACGAGUUCCAUUACAGUUAGUUUCCCUAUAAUUAAUUGAUCUUCCCUUGAAUACUACUACUAAAGAAAUGGAAUAACCUUAUUUAUAAACUCAUCAAGAGUUGAUUUUUAGGGUUCCUAAACUAAAUAGUUCAUCUGGAUCACUGGAUGGACAGUUGAUUUUUUUGGGUUCAAUCAAAUCUCCUCAAUUACACAGAUCCAUAACAAUAGACAGAUAAGUUCUUCUGUAUUGUCUUGAUCUGGGUUUUGAAAAUGGGUAAGAUUUGUGAAGCCUAGUUUUUUCUUGGGGCCCUUUGAUUGGAGAAAAGGGCCCUGUGGUUGUUGAAGAGGAAGCUAAAGAGAGAGAUUUUUGGAAAAAGCGAAGAUAUGAAGGAGUUGAUAGGGAGUCCUGGGACUAAGAGCGGGCUGAUUCUGAGGAUUGGGCAGUGUUUAUUUGCAGCUGCUUCAAUCGGAGUUAUGGUCUCUGCUGUGGGGUUCUCUAACUACACUGCUUUCUGCUACUUAAUUGCGUCUAUGGGGCUUCAAGUAUUGUGGAGCUGUGGCCUUGCAUUUCUUGAUGUCUAUGCUUUGAGGAUAAAGAGAGACCUCCAAAAUCCAGUGCUAGUCAGCCUAUUUGUCGUGGGUGAUUGGGUGACGGCUACUCUAUCACUUGCAGCUGCAUGCUCAUCUGCGGGGAUUGCAGUUUUAUACGAAAGAGACUUGAAUUUUUGCAGUGGUUCAACGCCUCUCCCAUGUAGCAGAUUCGAGCUAUCCAUUGCUCUGGCUUUUAUUACUUGGUUCUUUAUUGCCAUAUCUUCUCAUGUGAUGUUUUGGGUCUUGGCCUCCGUUUGAAUAGCUUUGUGCUCUUCUUCCCUCUCCCACUUGACAUUGUACAACACCCUCUCUUUCACAUGUAAAUCUAAUUGUUGUACUCAUAUUACUUGUUUUCUGGCAAUCGUAAAAUUUUUCUUUUACGAUUGCAACGAGUUCUCGUUCAAUUUUUA